CAAAAUAAAAAAUAAAAAAUAAAAAAAUAAGAUCGCAUAUUCUAUUAUUCUUUGAUGAUAAUAUUAUAUUAUUCUUCAAUGAUUAGAACUAAUUAAGCAGUCCGAAUACUACUAGUUAGAGUUGGAAAAUAAAGAUUCAUCAAAUAAAUAGAUUGGUGGCCUAAUGGCCUCCCUAUAAAUUGCUGAGACACUAACGAAAAUCACCCACCACUCUCCAUCUUUCAAAAGUUUUCUUUUCUUGGAUUUUGAGUUUCUUCUCAAAAGCAAGACAUGUGGGGCAAGAAGAUGGGAUUGGUGAAGAAGUUAUCGAGGAAGAGCAGUAAAUCAAUGGGUACCCCAACCAAAAAGGAACCAUCGCCCACGCAGUAUCUGCUCGGAGAAUGUCUCGAUGCUCAAGAAUUAUCGUCGCCGAGAACCACGCCGACGGGGAAGUUUCCGGUGUACGUAGGAGAAGACCGGCAGCGGUUCGUGGUGCCGACCGGAUAUCUUGGCCACCCGUUAUUCAAGAUGUUACUGGAGAAGGCUUCCGACCAAUAUGGUUUCAACCAUCAAAGUGGUCUGGUGGUACCUUGUAGCGUGGCAACGUUUGAAGAGGUGAUUCUUGCCGUUGAAGCCGGCCGACAUGGCAAAUUUGAUUUCGGAGACUUGGUAGAAGAGUUUCUAUAAUAUAUAGCGUGGGCAUUGUAACUAUUUAAUUAGUAGUGUUAGUCUCUCUGAACAAUUUUUCGUAGCUAGGAUCAAUCGAAAUUUGUGAUCCUCUGAUCAUUAGAAUUGACUUGAUGUUUUCUCCGUAAUCAGGAUCAAUAUCUGUAGAAAUCCAGAAUGUAAUUAGGUAUGUUUAUUGUAUUGUUUGACGAUUUUAAUGUUGAUCUUACUCCUUUUUG